CGGCAGUUCUGCCCAAAAAAGACAGCCCACAAGUAAGUCCUUGGCUCUUGGGAAAGUAAGUUGUAGUCUCUUAUAUCAGCAAAAACAAUUUCCACAUUUCAGAGUCCAUGGCCGAUAAAUCUACCAACAAUAUUGAGUUGAAGGUCUUGGUGGACAAGGGGAGUAACAAAGUUAUCUUCAUAGAGCCUGAGAAUGAUUUUGUUGAUGUUCUCUUCAGUUUCAUGACAAUCCCCAUGGGAACAAUUAUCAGGCUUGCGCGUAAACAUUCAGAUCCUGUGGUAAUAGGUUGCAUGAACAACUUGUAUGCAAGUGUUGAAAAUAUUGAUGAACAAAAAUUUUGGAUUGAUAUAUGUAAGGACAUGUUACUGCAUCCUCGCAACGCAGCCGAUUCUCAUUGCAAUGACCUCAAUUUGAAACUUGAUGAUACUGAGCCAAGACUCUACUUUAUGUGCCCCAAUUUAUGUAAGGUCUUUAGUUAUUGCCGUACCUACUGUCCUUGUUCGUGUUUAUUAAUCAUGAAUAUGGAGAAGAGUCUUUCGUUUCGCGCUUCAGAAGAUGGAAGUGUCUUUGUGAAAGGACAAACCAGCUUUACAGUUUCUGAUGAUUUACAAGUUAUCCCCCCAAAUUCAUCAGCCAAUUCCGUUUUUACUAUGCUUGGUCUCAUGGAUGUGGAUGCUACUGAGGAGUUGACUAUCAAUAUUGGAACUGUUGAGAUUUUGAAUUUGCUCAUGUGCUCCUUAGUGUCAAAAACACCUUUGACUGAAACCCUGUUGAAGCCUAAGCAAGAUCGUAAAUCGAGCAGUACAAUUCUUAAUCAAGCAAUACAUAUUGAAUCGCAAAUGUCCGGAGACUCAAGGAAUGAUGAAGAAGAUAAGAUUUGUUUGAAUCUUGUGGUCAGCAAAUCUAAGAAGAUAGUCUGUUACGCAGAAGCAGGGGAGGAUUUUGUUAAUUUGCUCUUCAGUUUCCUAACUCUACCUCUUGGGUUUAUAGUAAAAAACAUGAAGAAUAGUUCCUUGAAAGGUUGCAUCGGGCACUUGUACCAAACUAUCCAGGAUUUGGAUGGGCAAUACAUGAUUUCAGAUCACCACAAGGAAAUGCUACUUGAUCCCAAACUUGUUCCUGGUUUUUGCUAUUAUAACAGUCUUUUAGGAAUUGAGGAGACCUCAUAUUACUAUGUAGGUCGUACCUUGACUACUGAUAGAUCCCUUUGUUCAUCGGAAUCAGAUAAACUCAAAGUGGUCGGUUUCUGUUCCAUGGAUUUAAAUGCUCAAGGAUUUCUGAAGAGACCUGCGAUGUUUGUAGUAACUGACAAUCUGGUUGUAAGACCGAUGUCUCGGAUCUUUGAGCUGCAAGUUCUUACAGACUUGAAUGUGCAUGUCACUGACAUUGAGGAUCAAAUUGUGCAUGUGGGCAAGAAGGAGGUUUUGCGUCUUUUGUUGGCUUCUUUUCUUUGUGAGUCCGCUCUGACCAAUACCUUCGUUGGGGAUCUAGGCAAGCCAAAGCAAGAACAAGGAGGGAUUGGUUAUACAUAAGAGGUUGCCCUUAUUGUUGCUUAUGUUUGGUUAAAUUUUGUUUUAGUCAUUGCCAAUCUUAUUCAACAAUAGCUCGAGGCUAUUCAAUCUUCUGACCCCCUUCUAUUAUAAUAUAUUGGAUUAUUUUUGGAGAUCAGAUGAGAUG